UCUGUCACUCUCUGAUUGAGCGGGUAUUCAGCUUUCACUUUUUGACUGAAACAACUCUCAAACGGUACUGCCACCAUUAUCCCAACCCCAACCCCAACCCCAAUCCUAAUCCCAAUCCCAAGCCCUAACCCUAAUUCUGUUCUCUCUCUCUGUUGUGUGAGGAAAUACGUAGACAGAAAAAUGGAUCGGUAUCAGAGGAUAGAGAAACCUCGGGAGGAAACGCCAAUUAACGAGAAUGAGAUUCGCAUUACCACUCAGGGCAGGAUCAGGAACUACAUUACCUACGCCACCACUCUGCUUCAGGAGAAAGGAUCUGAUGAAAUUGCUCUCAAAGCCAUGGGCAGAGCUAUCAACAAGACUGUGAUGAUUGCUGAACUUAUUAAGCGAAGGAUUGCUGACCUUCAUCAAAACACAUAUAUUGGCUCUACUGAUAUAACUGACUUGUAUGAGCCGCUGGAAGAAGGCCUUGAUCCUGUAGAAACUACUCGCCAUGUAUCAGUGAUUACAAUUACUUUGUCCAAGAAGGAAUUGGAUGGAUCCUCUACAGGAUAUCAGGCACCGAUUCCAGCAGAUCAAGUGAAACCAUGGACUGAAUAUGGUUAUGAAGGAGAGGGCUCUCCUAGUAUGCGAGGUAGAGGACGCGGUCGAGGAAGGGGUAGAGGUAGAGGGAAUGUUAGCAAUGGAGUAGUGGAAUACAAUGGUGAUGGCGGCUUUGAUGGUGGGCGCGGCUAUGGUGGCUUUGAUGGUGGGCGCGGCUAUGGUGGCAGGGGUCGAGGUCGUGGAAGAAUCCGUGGUUAUCGUGGACGUGGACGAGGAUAUGGUGGGGGAAGUAUGCAGCUGGAAUCAGGUGGUUAUAAUGCUUAUAAUGAUUAUGGAGGUGGGGCACCUCCUACACAAGGUCGUGGACGAGGGCGUGGCCGAGGCAGGGCAAGAGGUCGUGGGCGUGGUCAGGGUUUCCGAGUUGAUGGACCUCCUACUCCUACACAGGCUGCUGCCUGACCUCAGGAGGAGGUACCGAACCUGCAUUAGGUUGCAGAAAGUUUUGGAUGCCUGCUCUGCUAAUUAUGUCUAUUUUAGGGGCAAAAUGGGGGUUGGGGUUCUUCAGUAGUGAAGUUUAAGAUCCUUUUCUAGGGAGGGAUACUAGCUAGUGAGCUGCCCGCUCAAUGUGUGUGGCAGCCAUGUUUUUGUAGUUCGAAGGUAGGAUAAGGAUUGUUCUCGUUUAUAUCUGACCAAAACUUGAAAGUUGUAUACCUUUCUCUUUUAGAAAAUAAUAGAGCAGUACAUUCAUUCUUUUCUUUUUAUAAA